UGAAAGACUGAGAAAGCGGGGCAAUGAACUUUAUAUAUACUGGAGGGUGAGCGAGAGGAAUUCAUAAGGCGGCCACGUCUACACAGAGCAGGCAGAGCUGGGGAAACGCAACAAACGAUGAAGAGCAGAUGGAAGUGAGCAAUGACAACAUAGAAGGAGGAGGGGGAGGAGAAUCUGAAACCAAAUGUGAGACUGACAACAAAGUCCAGUCGGAGGAAAGUACAUCUAACAACAAGCUUGGUUCAAUGAAUGAUGAAGCUCAGCACUCAGAGACGAAGGACACAACGACAGGAGAGGAAACAAAGUCUGCAUCAACUGAAAACAAAGACAAAAUGGAGCCUGAGCUCACACUUGUGUUAAUCGGUGAUACUAAUUCCAUUGAGAUUGGACCAAAAAACAUUUUACUUGAACAUGACGAGCCAACAAAUGUGGAGCAUUUUUCCUCCAAACUGUAUGAUUUGUGUGGUCGGCACAUCUCCGUCAUUAACAGGCUUGGUUUUCCAAACCUUGACAGAAUCCCGUUAAAUCAGGGAAUUCAUGCCUUUGUCCUACUGCUGCCAAAUGGUCUGCACGUCAACCAUUACCACUCAGCAGUGCAGAAGUUAAAAAAAGCUUUUGGCAAAGACUUUCUAUCGUAUGUAAUGACAAUAGUGACUCAUAAUGACUCAUAUAAGUUGGAUGAAACAUGUGGAAGUGCACUGGAAGACCUUAAAGAUUUCUCCAGUUUUAAUGAACAAAGAUUCCACACAUGUAGAAGAAGUAUGACAGAUGCAACAGAGAUAAUAGAUCUGUUGGAAAAAGUAGACGUCAUGGUCUCUGAAAACGAUCACCACUGCUACACAACACUGAUGUGUGAUGGGAAUAAAGAACAGAAAGAACAACUGGAGCAGAAACUCUGCAAAGAAGAAACGGCUGGGACAGUAGAAGAGAUGGAGAACAUAGUUCAAAUCAAGAACAACGUAUUGAAUGAAUGGGGAGGAGCAGAACAUUUGGAGAAGACUGAUGACAACAUAAGAGGACAGUCUGAGAUCAAGUCACCAACUGAAACUGAGGAGAAAGCUGAAGAGGUGGAACAUUCAGCAGAAAUCAAGUGUAAUGUAUUGAACGAACCUGGUGGAGCUGAACACUCAGAGAAGACUGAUGACAACAUCAGGCAGGAGUCUGAAAUCAAGUUUUCAUCUGAAACUGAGGAGAAAGAGAAGAACAACAGGAUGAAAUAUGAAAUGGAAACACUGUUCAGAAGACUUGACCUUCAAUAUCAACAAAAGCUGUCACCUGAAGAACUUCUUGAAAUCGGUCCAUCUGUCAAACAGAGCCCGGAUAUAUCUGAGAAAGAUCUAGCUAAUAUAUUUCUUCAGAAGUUAAUGAUGCUGGACUACAAAGCCAGAUACAUUCCUGUAAGACAAGACAGCCUUGACGCGAGACAUUCACAGUCUGUUCUAGUAUCUGAAUCAGAUGACAAUGACUUAGAUGCUCUUUAUAGCACCACUGUAGAUGCUGAUCUAUCAAAACAAACCAACAUGCAUCCAAUGGAUGUUCAAAUGGCAGUAUUUCACUGCUCAGACAGCUUCCUUAAGCAGAACAUGAUUACAAAGUUAUCACAGUGUCAGUACGCCUUGCCUUUCCUUGUUCCUAACCCGGACACUGCAGCAAUUGAAUGUCCUCUGUGGACAUUUAGACAAAUAAUCAAAACAUGGAAGACAACUCAAGUCAAAGAUAAUUCAAAACUUGUCACCAUGAAGAGUAUGCCUAUCUGCAACGCUGAGACACACAUGGUUUCAUUUUUCCGCCUGGGUUCAUUAUCUGAGUCGAAAUCACAGCUCAUGAACUCUUUGAUCAACGACCGUCACAACACCUUCUUCCACAGAAACUGUCCAGGCAGCACCAAAUCUCGUCAUCUGAUGGACGGUGUGGCAGAGAUUGCCUGGUACUGCCCUGCUGGAAAACCCAAUGAUUCCUUCACUGACUGCAUUGCCUUCUGUAAUCUUCAUGGUGAUGCUCUGAUGAUUGAAACACAAACUAAAAUACUGACUGAAACUUCUUCAGUCAAUGUAGUUCUUGUACCAACUCUGGAAAAAAGCCACAAAAGUCAAGCAACGGUCAUCUCAGAUCUUUACAAGUCUCAGAAGCCUCUCAUUAUUCUUAUUGCUGACAAUGAUUGUGAUGCAGUUCAGAUGAAACCAGGAAAGUACAAAAUGGGUCUGAAAGACAGAAGCCAGUCAGAUGUUUCUGAAAGCCUGAAAGGAAUUAUUGGAAAGAUUUUGUCUGGACUACAAACCUCCUUCCAGCUCAAAUCUAUGGCCAAUGUCUCUGGAAUCAGAGUGGAUGAAGACGACCCAGUGUGUCGAAAAGGGGAAAAGGCAGCAAUGGAAAUAUUUAAUUUGAUUCAAAGGAUGAACGUUUCAAAGAUCAAAGAUACAUUUCUCCCCUGUCAAGGCCAACUGUGGCACCAGUGGGCGAGAAUUAAAAAAGAACUGUAUCAUCUGAAAGGAAACGUGGAGGAGGAAAAAAGUCAGAAAAAUCAGCAGCUGAUGAAAAUCAGAGAAGAUCAAUGCUCUGUUUCCUGUAGUGAACUGAUGAAGUCAUUCACUGAAAGCCUCAUUUCUUUGUCGUCCCAGGAGAUAGAGUACUUCCUGAAAUGGACUCAGAUCUUAAUAGAUGCCCUCUCCACAGAUGAUCUGUCUUCAAUUCUCCAAAGCUAUGAUGAAAAAUGGUCUGAGGUCUUGGAUCUGAAGAAGAAACACCAGAAAUCUCCCCUGUUAGUAGGUAAACAAGAAGAGCUUGAAAAAAUAUCAAAAAAACUGCAGUCAGCAACUUUUGGUUUGGAGCAUAUCUUUAGAGAAAUGGGACAGAUCUAUGAAGCUCAUCAAGCUCUGAAGAAACCACCAAACAGUGGGCAGACCAACUGGUCCAAAUACCCUAAACUGGCUGCAGAUCUGAUGAUAUCAGGACGCCCUAUGGAGCUGAUGGAUGGAGAUGCAGGUCAUGUGCCUUUGAUGUGGAUCUCUAGUGUUUUAGAAGAAGUCAUCAAGAAACUGGGCGACCAGAGAGUUUUUGUGUUGUCGGUUCUGGGCGUACAAAGCAGUGGAAAAUCAACAAUGCUGAAUGCCAUGUUUGGAUUGCAGUUUGCAGUUAGUGCCGGUAGGUGCACCAAGGGUGCUUUCAUGCAACUGGUCAAAGUGUCAGAUGAAAUUAAGAAAGACUUCAGGUUUGACUAUGUUCUCGUAGUGGACACUGAAGGACUACGUGCUCUUGAAUUGGCAGGUGACGCCACUCUUCACCACGACAAUGCACUGGCCACAUUUGUUGUUGGCCUGGGAAACAUGACACUGAUCAAUAUCUUUGGUGAGAAUCCAGCUGAGAUGCAAGAUGUCCUGCAGAUUGUUGUCCAGGCUUUCAUGAGGAUGAAGAAAGUUAAGCUUUCUCCAAGUUGUGUGUUUGUUCACCAGAAUGUUACAGACAUUGGAGCUGCAGAGAAAAACAUGGAUGGAAAGAGACGCCUGCAAGAAAAACUGGACCAGAUGGUUCAGCAAGCUGCCAAAGAGGAGGUAUAUGAUGCUGAGUGCUUCAGUGACGUCAUUGCAUUUGAUGUGCAACAAGAUGUGAAAUACUUUGCCCAGCUAUGGGAAGGAAGUCCACCGAUGGCUCCCCCAAAUCCUGGUUACAGUGAGAGUGUCCAAGAACUGAAGAGGAUGAUCCUCACUAAGGCUUCACAGUCUGCUGGAAUCACUCUCUCACAUUUUAAAAGCAAAAUUCAAGACCUGUGGAAUGCCCUGAUGAACGAACAGUUUGUUUUCAGCUUCAAAAACACGCUUGAAAUUGCAGCAUACAGAAAGCUUGAGGUCCAAUAUGGGAACUGGACCUGGGACCUUAGGAGCAGCAUGCUGACCAUUGAAAACCAACUUUACACCAGGAUUGAAAAUGGAAAACUUGACAAGGUUGACCAUACUUACCUUCUGAAAGAAAUGAGCAAAACAUAUGAAAAAAUCAAGAAAGACAUGAGUUCACACUUUGAGGACAACAGAGACAAAGACAUGUUGGUUCAGUGGCGAGGCCGAUUUGAAAUCAAAAUGAAGGAGUUUCAUGAGGAACAGUUGAAAGAAGUGAAAAGGAAACUGGAUGAAGUUAUCCAGCAAAAGAAAGCUUGUAAAAAGCUUGAUGAUAAGAAGCCAGAGUUUGAGAACAAACUGCUACAAAAGAGCAAAGAGCUCGCUCAUCAGUUAAAAGACAAGGCAAAGGAUGAAGAGGAGCUUCAAAAGCAGUUCAACUCCGUUUGGACUGACUGGGUCAAUGAAUUAACUGAAGAUAUAAAACCCAUCAAGGACAUAAACUUGGAAGAAGAUAAAAUGUUCAUCCUUCAAGAACUGGGGAUUGAAUGGUCUCUCAUAGAUGAAUCCAACAGUAGUAGAAGGUACAAAAAUGUAUCAGAAGUUGAGAAUUACCCUUUUUAUUUAACCAAGAUUAUGAAAAACCAAGAUCUUUGUAACAAAAGCCGACAAUCUGAAGAAAAUGAGCAUGAACCCAGGACACACACAAGCAAUAAUACGGUUGUAAAUAUGUUUAAGGUAGGAUUUAACUAUAUUAAAAACAAGGUUGGAUUUGAUUCAACAAAACAACAAAAUGCAUUAAAAUAUGAAGAGCCGCUAUGUAUCAGAUCCUUCAUUAAUGAUGUCAAACAGGAAUCUGUCGAUGCAUUUAGAAAAAAACCCAUAGCAACAAAAGGCUAUAGCCCAACUUACCUACAAGAAGUGGCCAAAAAUGUUCAAGAAAAACUGACAGUAUUUGAAUCAGAGAGGAACUAUUCAUUCAAGAAGGAGUUUAUAGUUGACAUCUUGUUGUAUGUUGUUGAAGGGUUGGGGAGUUGGCUUUUAGAUUCUCACCAGACAUUCAAAAAGAACAAUGACGCCCUCACUUACUUGAACAACAAGAAAACACAUUAUUACAAUGUUUUCAGAAGCUUCUGCAAAGGAAACUCAUCUGCCGUCGUGUUUGGAGAAAUGAUCUGUGACAAACUGAAGGUUUCCACUGUUGAGGCUGUUUGUAACAAGACCGCCAUUGAUCUCGCAAAAGACAUGAGGUGCAGUAUCCCAGCAUUCAGUGGGAACAGGUUGGACUUGGAGAAACAUGUGCUGAAAUCACUUGCACAGAAAAACGAUUUUGAUGAUUUCAUCAACUACAUCCGACAUCCAAGGAGGCAAGUAGAGGCUUUUAUAAAAGCAGAAGUCAAGAAAUACAUCUUCAAGAAACACAAAGGAAAAGCUCAGAAUAUACUGAAGAAAAAUGUUGAUGACAUCAGUCAGCUUGUGAGACAAGCUUUAUUUAAAGCAACAACAAAAGUCAAAACCCAGGGAGGAGACACAGAAAUGUGGGUGAAGGAAUUUUCCUCUUUCCUCAAGGAUGAGCUGCCACUUGAUACCAUUUGUUGUCAAAACUUCAGUGACAUAAACAACUUUGACUUUCUUAAAGAAGAGAUAGAGAAAGGUCUGGUUAACAUCAUUGAGGAGAUGAACCACCUCUCCCUAGAUAAGAUGAAAGAAUUCAGGCUGAGACCUGAUCAAAUCCUCAUUGAUCAGCUGUGUAAGUGCUGCUGGGUGAAGUGUCCAUUCUGUGCAGCUGUUUGCACCAACACCCUGGAAAACCACAGUCCUGAUGACCACAGUGUCCCUUUUCACCGGUCUGGUGCAAUCAAAGGUCGGCACUACAGACACACAGACAUAAUGAGUGUUGAUUUCUGCACAACAAAUGUUGCAAGUGAUAAUUCUUUUUACCCUGACCACACUUCAGAAUACAGCAUUCCUCAUAAACAGUACAGAAAAGCUGGACCAAGGUUUGCUAACUGGAGAAUCACCCCCGAUGAGUCAAAGCUGAAAUAUUGGACAUGGUUUGUGUGUCGAUUUCAAAAAGACCUGGAAGACCACUAUGGUUAUAAAUUCAAGGGAAAAGGGAAAAUUCCCAGUGAGUGGAAAACACACACAAAAGAAGAAGCAAUUAAAAGUCUGGAUGAAAUGUUCAAACUGUGAGUGAAACUACACAAUUACAACUCUACUGAAAGUCCUAACAAUUAUUUUCCUAUGAUUUUUAAAAUCUUCUUAAAUUAUAUAAAUACUGAAUGUGGAGUGUCAACAAAUCAUCAUAUACUGUAGGUGAUUAGAUUAGUCUACAGAAACCUGUUUGCUAAAUUAAAUCUAAUUAAAAUUCUGUUUUGUUUUUUUGCAUUUUCUGCAUUUGAAUUCGAAAUAUCUUGGUGUACUGCGACAAGACAUUUUCAGAAGUAGUUGUAACCUGUUUUAUUAAUUUUGUUUUACACAUUUUCUUUUUUAUAUAUAAAUAUGUUUGCUUUGUGUGAGCUCUGUUCUAAAUGCAAGCAGUGAAAAAUAUUUCUAACAUAAUCAAGUGACAACAUAAAUUAUGUAAUUUUCACCUUUUGUUGUAUAUUAACUAUAACUAUUUAAAAUAUUUUAAAACACCAGGUUUGUUUGUGUUCUUGACAAAGUCUCACGGUUAAAGAAGAUUUAGAAACUUUAAACUUUUGACUUCUUUUUUUUUCUGUCUUUAUGUCAUUUACAGCUUUACACAUUCAAGAGAUAUUUUAUAGUACCAGUAAUAUCUGAACUGUGUUCUAUUAACAUUUUAGUUUUUCUCUUUUUAUAUCAUAAUCUUGCCUAAUUUGAAGGCUAAUUGUGUCUUUAUGUCAUUUACUGAUUUUCAGUGACACCUCAUACUACCAGUGAAGUUUAACUGUCCUAUCGACAUUUUAGUUUUUUUUUAUAUAUAACUUUCCUUUUUGUAAUGAAAUGUGUACAUUAAUGUCAUUACCACAAAUCAUUUUGACUGUGUAUGGUAUAACUGGUAAUAAUAUGUUACAAUAAAAUGAACACUUUGUAACUAC